CUGUCUCAGUUCUAAUUGAGCCUCGCGCGCGUUCGGUUCGCAACUCUGGCAAAGAAAAUAAAAAUUAAUAGUAACGGUAACUGUAACGGUAUUCGUUGUAUAUAUUUUGUGUGUUCCUUUUCGUUAUUUGCAUUUGUCGAAAGAUUUUUGUGUGUUCGCCGCUGCCGCCGACGCUGCCUGCUGGGCCCAAUUGUUUAUUGUCCGUUCUUUGACAAAUGUCGCGUGUGCUCCCCUUCAGCUCCCCUACGACGAGUGUGUUACUGUUUUAAUGCGUGCAAGUGUGGGAGAGCGAGAUAGCAGCUAAACCAAAGGAAGCCAUGUAAAAUGCCUACACAUAUAACGGUGCCUAAGUGAUCUGAUCGUUUAUGCGUGUCGUGUCGUGUUUUUUCUUCUAUUACUUUUAUGCUCAUCUCGUACUCGUUCUCUAUCAAUGCCAAAAACUACGAAAUUUAAUGUGAAACGGGCCGUAAAAAAGUUUUGUGUCCAUGCAGCAAAUGCACCAACAACAACAACAACAACGACAACAACAAAAAUCAGCCAAAAAGUUUUCUGUUGUCAAAAGUUUUGAUGACUUUACGCAUAAAAUAUGCUGGCAACAUUUCCAUCUCUGGCAGUAAAGUGUUAAAGAGCCUUAAAAGAACCGUACUGACCAAGUGCUUAAGAAUAGCCACGCCCGCUACCAAUGUGACAUGGCAAUCGUAAUCGAUUGCAAUUGAAAUUGAAUUGCAUAUUCAAUUCAAGAGUCGAUAGGACGCAGAGGAGGAGGCAGCACACGCCAGGCGCCAAGGUGUAAGCCUGGUGCAAGAUAUUCGCCAAUCUGUGGACGCGUCUACGUUCGCCACGGCCCAAUCGGGCCAGUGGCGGCGGCUAUCUGCUGACGGGGACAAGUGCGACACGCGAGGAUGAGCUGCUGGGCGUGACAGGACGCAGGAAGCGGCUUGAAGUAACGCCCGAUGAUUGGCGCCAAAACGAUGCGGCCACAGCUGCCCCAGCUGCCAACGAGUGUUUAAUUAAUGUGACGGACUUUAGUGAUUUUCAAGAGGCUAUUGAAACUGAGCGCCGAACGCUGGAGACAGCCAACGCAUUGCGAGUGCCAAGCAUAACCACCACAAACAUCAACAACAACCUAACCAACAACAACAACAUUAACAACAACAACAUUAACAACAACAACAACAACAACAUGUCACGCAUUUUACAACCUCGCUACCGCUUUCGCGAUCUGCUGCUGGGCGAUUUCUCUUUCAACGAUGACGGCGAAAGAGUGCGUGUGGAGUACUAUGUGAAUGAAAAUACAUUCAAAGAAAGACUGCAACUCUAUUUCAUUAAGAAUCAGCGUUCAAGCUUACGCAUACGAAUUGCCGAUUUAUUCCUUAAGUUACUGUCGUGUGUUCUCUACAUAAUACGUGUGAUAUUGGAUAAAAAUCCAACAUUUAUAACAUGCUAUGGCUGCGAAGUGGCCAAUAAGACAGAGUUUAUCAUCUCUGCCAAGCUGACGGAGGAGGAGUUCCAGGAGAAUCCAAUUAUUAACUGGGAUGCAAUACUCUGGGUGAAUCGUCCCACAGUGCUCUGGGUGCUACAAUUACUUCUGGCCAUGGUGUCGUUAACUCAAUCUUUGGUUCUUACAUAUCUAGGCUAUAAGGGCAACAUAUGGCAGCAAAUACUCUCAUUUCACUUUAUACUAGAAUUAGUAACGACAAUACCCUUUGCACUAACGAUUGUGCAUCCGCCGCUACGCAAUCUUUUCAUACCAAUUUUUCUAAAUUGCUGGCUGGCCAAGCGCUCGCUGGAGAACAUGUUUAACGAUUUGCAUCGCGCUAUGCAAAAAUCACAAUCGGCUUUGUCGCAGCAGUUGACCAUUUUGUCGGCCACAUUGCUGUGCUUGGUCUUCACCAGUGUUUGCGGUAUACAGCACUUUCAGCGCGCCGGGCAUCGCCAUUUGAAUCUAUUCCAGAGCACCUACUAUGUGGUUGUGACCUUCUCCACGGUUGGCUACGGUGAUUUUGUGCCGGACAUUUGGCCAUCACAGCUGUAUAUGGUCAUCAUGAUUUGUGUGGCGCUGAUUGUGCUGCCCACGCAGUUUGAGCAGCUGGCUUUCACUUGGAUGGAGCGCCAGAAAUUGGGCGGCAGCUAUUCGUCGCAUCGUGCUCAGAGCGAGAAGCAUGUAGUCGUAUGCUCGACUACGCUGCACGCGGAUACUAUAAUGGACUUUCUGAACGAGUUCUAUGCGCAUCCCCUGCUGCAGGACUUCUAUGUGGUGCUGCUCAGUCCCAUGGAGCUGGACACAACGAUGCGAAUGAUAUUGCAAGUGCCCAUUUGGGCGCAGCGCGUCAUCUACAUACAGGGCUCCUGUCUGAAGGAUGGCGAUUUGGCGCGAGCGCGCAUGAACGAGGCGGAGGCGUGUUUCAUAUUGGCAGCUCGCAACUAUGCGGAUAAAACGGCUGCCGACGAGCAUACCAUACUACGCUCCUGGGCCGUCAAGGACUUUGCGCCGAAUGUGCCGCAAUAUGUGCAGAUAUUCAGACCGGAGCACAAGCUGCAUGUGAAGUUCGCCGAGCACGUGGUCUGCGAGGAUGAGUUCAAGUACGCGCUGCUGGCCAACAAUUGCACCUGCCCAGGCGCCAGCACGCUGGUCACCCUGCUGCUGCACACAUCACGCGGACAGGAAGGCCAACAGUCGCCGGAGGAAUGGCAUCGUCUCUAUGGCAAAUGCUCGGGCAAUGAAAUUUAUCAUAUUGUUCUCGGCGAUAGUCGCUUCUUUGGAGAGUACGAGGGCAAAAGUUUUACCUAUGCCAGCUUUCAUUCGCAUCGCAAGUACGGUGUUGCUUUGGUGGGCGUGCGUCCGGCCGAGCUGCCGGAAUUCUAUGAGGAUACCAUACUGCUAAAUCCAGGACCCAGGCACAUUAUGAAAAAGGAUGACACGUGCUAUUAUAUGAGCAUCACCAAGGAGGAGAAUUCGGCAUUUGUCGUUAAUCAAAAUCAAACUACGGACACAACAACGGCAGCCAGCAAAGACGGUGGUGCCGCCAGCGGUGGUGCUGGCACCACCCAUUCGCAUACAGCAACUGCCAAUACAACAACAUCAACAACAAUACAAUCAACAACUAAAACAACAACAACAACAAAAACUACAACAAUUAGCACGACUUUCACAUCAUCAACAUUAUUAUCAGCAUCAGCAUCAACAACAACAACAGCAACCGCUUUGAAUCAAGCGGCCAUUGCACCAGUGCCGUCUGUUUGUGUUCGUGUGCCCCACAGUCCCACAUACGACUCUGGCGCCGGCACGCCCAUAAUCGAGCGGCAACACUUGCAACCGUAUCCGUAUCCGCCACCGUCACCGUCACCGUCACCGUUACCGCCACCGUAUCCGUAUCCGCAAAUGCAACAACAAACAUGUGACAGUGAUUAUACAACACUAUUUGUGCCCAGCGACAACCCAACGGCUGUGAUAAUAUCGGACUCGAGGCAAAAUCUAAAGGACACAACCGUCAGCACAACCCAAAUGCCGACGGCGGCAACAACAACAACCACAAUAACAACAACAACGCUGCCGCUGACAAUAGGCGGGUCAGCACCUGGCAGCAGUGGGGCAGGCGCUCAACCAGGCUCCAGCAGCAGCGGGGGCCUCGGCGUGGGCCUCAACAUGGGCACCUCCCUGAGCAUAACACCUGCCACACUGACCACCACGGGCAAUCAUCUGGACGUGCCCUAUGCCAACAAUCCCAAUCUGCUCAGUCCCGAUGUGCUCAAUCAGCGUAGAGGCAGCCGCAGACCCUCCAUAUUGCCUGUGCCGGAUAUGUUUACCUCCUCCUCAUUUAGCAUAGCCGGCAACGAUGAUGGCGAGGAGGGCGACGAGAGCGACGAUGAAAUUGAUGAUGAAAUGCCCUGGCGUUCGCCCUCUGAGAAGAUUGCUUGCUUGGGCGGGCACUUUCCACAAUCGCGCACCUAUUCGCUCAUCAAGAGCUCCUCGGAGGACUCCUAUCCACGGGGCAGCGUUGCUGGCGCCAACUGCGCCUAUUGCAAUGCCAAUGCUGCGGCAGGGCCACCGUCAAUUGAAUGGUCUGCACCGCUGCGCCGGCGCGCCAUGAAGAAGAGCUACAGCUGCGACAGCGAGUGCGCCCUGCCGCCCAGUCAGCGGCUGGGCCUGGGCCUGGGCCUGGGCGGUGGCGCGCUGGCGGUGCUCGCGGCUCGACGCCGUCAGCUGCAGCGCUGCUGCUGCAGUUGCUCGCACGACAGCAGCAGCAGCACCACCAACACCACCACAACGGCGGCUGCUGCGGCGCAGUUGGCGCUGAGCACACAAAUGUGCAACGCUGGCGGUCAGCCGCCGCCACCGCCUCCGCUGCCGCCGCCCCUGCCGCCGGCCUUUACCUACACGUCAAGCAGCUCCGUUGAGACACGCCGUUUGGCGCGUCCGGUUUGGGCGUCCGACUAUUCCGGCAUUGUCAAGGGUUUUCCGCCAGUUUCGCCUUUUAUUGGUGUCAGUCCGACGCUUUGCUACCUGCUCAAAGAGAAGAAGCCACUCUGCUGCCUCCAGCUGGCCCAGGUCUGUGAGCACUGCAGCUAUCGCAAUGCCAAGGAGUAUCAGUGGCAGAACAAGACCAUCAUUCUGGCCGCGGACUAUGCCUCGAAUGGCAUAUAUAACUUCAUCAUACCGCUGCGUGCUCAUUUCCGUUCCAAGACCUCGCUGAAUCCAAUCAUUUUGCUGUUGGAGCGUCGACCAGAUGUCGCCUUUCUCGAUGCACUCUCCUACUUCCCACUGGUGUAUUGGAUGCUCGGCUCCAUUGACUGUCUGGAUGAUCUACUGCGAGCUGGCAUUACGCUCGCCGAGAGUGUUGUUGUGGUCAACAAGGAGCUAUCCAAUUCAGCCGAGGAGGAUUCACUCUCCGACUGCAACACAAUUGUCGCUGUGCAAAAUAUGUUCAAAUUCUUUCCGAGCAUCAAGAGCAUCACCGAGUUGUCACAGAGUUCGAACAUGCGCUUCAUGCAGUUCCGGGCACACGACAAAUACGCCCUGCAUCUGAGCAAAAUGGAAAAGCGCGAGAAGGAGCGCGGUUCGCACAUCUCCUACAUGUUUCGGCUGCCCUUUGCCGCUGGCGCCGUCUUCAGUGCCUCCAUGCUGGACACGCUGCUCUACCAGGCCUUUGUCAAGGACUAUGUGAUUACCUUUGUGCGCCUGCUGCUGGGCAUAGAUCAGGCGCCGGGCAGUGGUUUUCUCACCUCGAUGCGCAUUACCAAGGAUGAUAUGUGGAUACGCACAUAUGGGCGUUUGUAUCAAAAACUCUGCUCGACCACCUGCGAAAUACCGAUUGGUAUUUAUCGCACACAGGAUACCUCAAAUGCGGAUACUUCACAUGUGAGUAACUCGCCGGUCGAAAGAUGGGGACCCUUCUCCGCCUUCAGCAGGCAUUGCGUGCGCUUGCGUCCAUCGUAUGACGAGGAAACCGGCACGCCCGAUUCCACCAAGGAUAGCACGGAAAUGCUGCGCGGUGUUACCUAUCGUCCGCCCUCAUCUGGUGGUGGCGCCGGUGGGGGUCCAGCUGCUGGUGCUGGUGGUGGUGGUGGUGCUGGUGGCACGGCUAGUUACCGUCCGCGCCAGAAGUCGGUUAACUGCCUGGGUGGCUGUUCGGAGCGUAAAGGAUCUUCCUACUCCAUUAAUCUGGCGGACGAGGCACGCGAUAAUCACGCCCAGCAGAUCGAAAGAGCCGAAAUUGCCAAUCUGGUGCGCAGUCGCAUGGAAUCCCUGAAUCUACCGACCAUUGACUAUGAUGAUGUCAGCGAGAAGCGCAACCAUCUGUCCUAUGUGAUAAUCAAUCCAAGCUGUGAUCUUAAGCUGGAGGAGGGCGAUCUGAUCUAUUUGGUGCGCCCGUCGCCGUUUUCGGCGCAAAAGACAUUCGAGCGACAUAAUUCGCGCCGCAAAUCGAACAUUUCGUUCUGUUCGAAUAUCAAUUUGGGCGCCACAUGCGGCCCACAAAUGCCAAAUAUGCCCAACACCGCCGUCGGAGCUGGUUCGCGUCGCGGCUCCGGCAUCGCCGGUUUGAACCCCAUGCAAAUGCAGAGCGUUCAGACAUUGGCCGGGUAUGGAUCCUCGCAGCGCUGUACGCCCCCGAUGCAGCAAAUUAAAUCGAAUUCUCUUUCUCUACCCGACAGUCCGACGGUGGUUGGCUCACAGCGCGGCAGGAGUAAUUCAUUGCGGAUCGAUAAUGAUAUACUGCUGCGUCGCUCCUCGUCGCUGCGCCAGGGCUUGCCCAGCGUGGGCGUCAGCCAUGGCCGUCGCAAGUCGUCGCUGGAGGAGAUCGGCAUCAGUCACUUCACAACGCUGAUGCAGGCAACGAAUCACAGCAAUCCCAUCAAGAUAUCGCUCAACGGCAGCAUCGGCAUGGAGAAUCAGAUCUCGUUGCAGGUGACGCCGCCGGAGGAGCCGACACCCAUGUUGGGCGUGCCCUGCGUUUUGGGCGGCGGCGGCGUGGGCGGCAUAAAUCCCUCAGCGCUCGGGGGCAGCGCUGGCGGCGGCGGCGGCGGCAGCGGUGGCAUGCUGGGCGCCAGCUCAUCGCUGGCCAUAAAUACGGCUGAUCUGGGACCCGGACCGAGCACCUCGUCGGGCGCCUCGCUGCAGGCGCAGGACUCGCUGCCGCAGUCGUCGCAGGCGCCGUCGCCGCAGCAUCUGCAGGGCACGAUUGUAUGAUACAACCUGAUGUGGGGUCGUCGACUCCGCUCCUCGAUGUCCAAGAACAAAUGGAUAUAGAAUACGGCCAGCACACACAGACGUAGAGAUAAGUUCUAGUGCUUGUCUACUUAUUAUCAAGUCAAGCUGCUAACCCAAAACCAAAUCCAAAACUAUUUAUAUAUGUAUAAACGAAUAAGAGAUGAUUGCGUGCCGAUAUUUCGUGACACGACGGCGCACGGACACGCACGGAUAUUGUUUUUCAAAUGCAUGCAAUUCCCAGACUUGGGCUUCAUUUGCGUGGCGUUACAAUGGCGUAGGGCGUGGCCACGGUGCAGCUGGCGGAGGCACUGGUGCACUUGCAGC